AUGUCGCGGCCUUCGCCUUCUCCGCGUCGCGGGCGCUCGAGCAGCGCGCCGCGCCAGGGCAGCAGAAUCUUCGUCGCGAAUCUUCCGCUCGACGUGACUGAAAGCGAAGUCGAAGACCUGUUCUACAAGUUCGGGAAAAUCGAGGAUAUUGAACUUCGGCGCGAUCGCGCGGCAGACUCUACGAUUGCCUUCGUUCAGUUCGCCGACUAUAAAGCUGCAGACGAGGCGAUUGACGGGAGAGACGGCACACGCCUGGGGUUUCAUCGCAUCCGCAUCGAGCGCGCGCGCCAGAGACUUCGACGCUCAGGCGACUUCGGGCGAGAGCGCGGCUGGGGCAGCGGAGGGCGUGACGGCGGCGGAACUGCCUACGGGCCGCCUCGCAGAUCCGAGUUCCGCGUGAACGUCUUCGGCCUUCCCUCGACGGCGAGUUGGCAAGAUCUGAAGGAUCACAUGCGCCGCGCAGGCGACGUCGGAUACGCAAACAUCGAAGGAGGCGUAGGAGUAGUGGAGUACUCCAACGCGGACGACAUGGACUAUGCCUUGCGCAAGUUGCACGGAAGCCUCUUUAGAAACAUCUUCCACACUGCGAAGAUUCGCGUUGAACGCGAUGCUGGUGACGACUACGCCCCCGCUCGGCGUCGCCCGAGCCCUGGAAGAGAUCGCGACAGGCAAGUCGAUUUCUCGCGCGAUCAGGCCUCGAAGUUUUUAUCGCGUUACCGCGGUAGCCGGUCGCCGCGUCGUGCGCGCGGGUACUCGCCUGGCGAGUUCUCCUCUCCCGAGCGGCGCCGCGCAGAAGAAGACCGCGGGAGGAGAAGGAAUGAGGCGAGCAGCCUGGAGGCUGAGCGCCAGAGAAGAAGAAAAGCUGACGGCGGGGAGGAGGAGCUGAGACGGCGACGCCGAGACAGCGUAGAGGGCGACCGGCAGAAAGGGCGCGCAGACACCAGACGCAGAGACGCGAAGAGCUACGCCGCCGAGGAAGCAGAAGACAGACGGCGACGCGAGGCGAAGUCCUACUCUGAUGAAGAGGAUGAGCGGCGAGGGAAAAAUUCGAAAUCCUAUUCUGAUGAAGCGGACGAAGGUAGAGGAAAACGUGUGAAGUCGUACGCUAAUGAAGAGAAUGAGCGUCGAGGGAAAAGUGCGAAGUCCUACUCUGAUGAAGAGGAUGAGCGUCGAGGGAAAAGUGCGAAGUCCUACUCUGAUGAAGAGGAUGAGCGUCGAGGAAAAAGUGCGCAGACCUACUCUGAUGAAGAAGAUGAGUGUAGAGGGAAAGAGGCGAAGACGUACGUUGAAGAAGAUGAUGAACGACGCAGGGACGCAAAGGGCUACUCCGAUGAAGACGGUGAAAGCAGAGGUGACCGGCGCGGCGUAGGAGACGCUGAGGCGAGGCGGCGGCGAGCUCCUCGGAACGCGUCUGAUGAAGAGGACGGGAGCCGUCGCGUCGCCGGAGGCCCGUCGUCCGACGAAGGCGACCCCCGCAAGUGCUCAAGAGGUCUCCGUCCAGACGAGGAAGAAGACCGCCGAGGUGGCGAUUUGAAGGGCUGCUCCGAUGAAGAGGAAGAUCGCGAGAGACGAGGGUCGUGCCACAGCCCCAGUCGCAGCGGGAGCGCGGCCUUGCGGCGUUCGUCGGGCUCGUCGCCCCGCGACGCUAGAGACUGCACCGAGUCUGUUCAGAGGAGACAGGAACGCAGCAGAGAGGAGCUACGAGGAGAGGGACGCGGCCGCGAGAAGCUCUCGUCUUCGCGCUCGCCGUCGCGAGGCUACCGCGCACGCUACGGUUACAAACGCGCGCGAGAAGACGAAGAAGACGUGAUCCGGAGGCGCCCGCGGCAAGGGGACAUCGACGGCGAGAAUGCCCGCGAGAACGGGCGCAGGCGCGACGAGCCCAGAGACCUCGACGACGGCUGCCGCGAGGUACGCACGGACUGA